UACUUGGGGACACGGAGCACUGCGUUCGCCCUGGGUCACGCGGGAAGGAUGACUGCAGAGCCUCCAGUUGGCGCGCGGGUUCCGGGGCUGAGGGGCCCAAGGCGGUAAUCCGGCUGUGCUCCGGCCGCGCUUCCCUUGCCUUUAACAAGCCCCAGCAGUGGUCCGACGCUUGGCCGCAGCGGGAAGUCUUCGGAAAGAAAAGACCGGAACUAAAAGAUAGACACAGCGAUGCCCUCCCCGGACUCCGCCAGCCUCACACCCCUGCCAGCCCGCCGCCUGUAGUGCGCACCGCCUCUUCGCCAAGCUCCGCCCUGCGUCCACCCCAGGGGUUAACUCGGACGAGCGGUCGUGUGGCAGAGGUAGUGUGCGCCGUCCGGGGCUAGAGCAAGCGCGCCCGCGCGGCCGGGAGCCAUGCUGAGGAGCUGCGCCGCGCGCCUCCGCACGCUCGGGGCCCUGCGCGGGCCGCCGGGAGGCCGGCGCCUGCCGGGUAGGGAGCCGCGUCCCGCGCUGAGGUCAUUUUCUUCUGAGGAAGUCAUUCUUAAGGAUUAUUCUGUCCCCAACCCCAGCUGGAACAAGGACCUAAGACUGCUCUUUGACCAGUUUAUGGAGAAAUGUGAAGACGGCUCCUGGAAACGUUUGCCUUCAUAUAAACGUAUACCUGCUGAAAAGAUUCAAGACUUCAAAACCCAUUUGCUUGACCCAAAGCUUGUGAAAGAAGAACAAUUGUCACAGACCCAGCUCUUCACCAGAAGCUUUGAUGAUGGCCUGGGCUUUGAAUACGUGAUGUUCUACAGUGACGUCGAGAAAAGGAUGGUUUGCUUAUUUCAAGGAGGCCCUUACCUGGAAGGACCACCUGGAUUCGUUCAUGGAGGUGCCAUUGCAACCAUGAUUGAUAGUACUGUUGGUAUGUGUGCAUUGAUGGCUGGAGGAGUCGUCGUGACUGCCAAUCUCAACAUCAAUUAUAAAAGACCUAUCCCUCUUUGCUCUGUUGUUAUGAUAAAUAGCCAACUUGAUAAAGUUGAAGGAAGGAAAUUUUUUGUUUCCUGUAAUGUUCAGAGUGUUGAUGAGAAGACCCUAUACUCAGAGGCGACAAACGCAGAAGUUGAGGCAAACCUGGGAUUUGUAUCUGGGUCCUCCUGGCUUCAGAUCCCAAACUUCCAGCAUCAGGAUUCACUACCCCUCCACAAUGACCAACACAGAAGUGCGUAAAGGUGUGAUGGUGGGCUGAAUCUUCAGGUGGGAUCUGACGUCUAGAGAAGGUCCUUCCUCAUCCAGAAUGGCGAGAUGGGAAUCAGCCCGGACAGCACCACUCCAAAGUGCUGGGAGUCCCACGAUCCCAUGGGGAGCCAGCCAGUCCACAUCAGGGGAGCUCAGCACAUGUCCAAGGUGAUCUGAGAAGGGCUCCCAGGGCCACCCAAGACAAGGAGGGCUUUGGGAGACUUCUGGGAAUGUUAAUCAUCUUCAUGUUUCCUCUUAGUGGUUAACAGUAAAUGUCUUUGAACAAAA